AUGGCUUCGAAUAGACAAGUAGUUAGCGUAGAUCAACCAAAUGCUGAAUCUAUUCUACUCGACUGGCUAAAUGACGAAGAUUGUACCGACGAUGAAUCUCAAUCACUUGAACCAUCUCGAGCUGUGAUACCUGAAGAACUAUUAUCCGACUCUGAAGAUGACUGUAUACCUUCUGAUCACGACUCGGACUCAGAGUGUUCAGUUGACUCAGAUGAUGAAGAUGUGUUGACCUCAGGAUUGGCUGAGCAACUAAAUGACAUGAAUUUGAAAUCACGGCAAUACAACGAAAGACUUCCUCGUCAGCUACGCGAGUUGAUAUCUGACAUCACAAAGGUACCGCUUGUAGAAGAACUACAAGUUUUAGAUGAUAAAUUGCCUAGAAACCAAAAAAAAAUUGUGCCAUAUAUGUCCUAA